AAUUAUGACGUCAUACAAUUUUCAAAGAGCGUUUUGGGCGCGAAAGCAUGUGUCAAAAUAUAUUUUGUUAUUUUAACAUAUUUAAAGCCGUUAUUAGGGUAAAAGUUGAAUUUUAGGGCAACAAUUUUGGUUAAUAUAGAACGUAUUACAAGUGUUUCAAAAAAUUGGAAACCUCCCUCCUCAAUUGCUAGAAUACGAGUAAGUUAUGGAAAUAAGUAUUAUUUUAUUUCAAAACUUUUAUUUAAAAUAUUGUAAUCAAUUGAAAACCGCGUGCAACGAAAAGUCGAAAUCAUGUCACGUUUGCUCAACAACAACACUUCCAACAUUUUGUCUGCGAUACGUCAUUUCGUUCUAUCUAUCGCUCCAUUUCACUCUGUUGGACCGAUAUAUCGCAAACGUUUGUAGAGGCCUUAACAAGUGGAAUUUAUCACUAGCAACACUCGAUCCCCCCACCCCACGCUCGUCGCCCCGUCAUCCAACGUCCAACACGCCUGCCAGGCGCGCCGGCCGCCAUGUUUGCCAGUCACCCGGCAAGCGAUCGUCGAGCGCAGCGUCCAACAUCAAGUAAUCACAAUGUCGUGCAAUGUCAUGCAAAACCAAGAAAAAUGGUACGAAUUUCUCGAUCUAUACAGAGAAAAUGCCUGCUUAUGGGACAUCCAAAGCAGCUCAUAUAUGCGGAGAGAUUUAAGAAACGCAUCUUAUAAAAUUUUACUCGAAAAAUAUAGAGAGAUCGAGCCGAAUGCUACGCUGGACAUGGUGAAGAGAAAGAUAGAUAUCUUCCGGACCGGUUAUAGAAGAGAAAUUAAAAAAAUAAACAAGUCUAGACUUAAUUCAACGUCGGAUUAUGAAUAUAAACCGACGUUGUGGUAUUUUGAUAAAAUGACUUUUCUGGAUUACCAAGAAGAUGCUUCUGAUAUUAAAGAUUCAUAUGAAUCAGAUGACCAGCAGGCUAUUGAAUAUAUCGAUAUCCCCGAAGAAUACCCAGAUGAAGAAUCAGACCCAGUGGUAAAGUAUAGACUCAAGAUGAGAAACCUGGACACUAAGCCUCGCCCGCGGCCGCGACAGAAACCGUACGCAAGAGAGAGACAAAACAGCCCCUCCUAUGACAGCAAGCAGGCAUCCUUCUCUGGCGAAUCCGAAGAUGACUGCGCUAGUUAUUGCGCUAAUCUUAAACUACAGAUGAGAGGAUUGGACACGCAGCAGAAGUUCAUUGCGCAGAAACUGAUUUCUGACGUCAUUUUUUUGGCCAGGACGUCACAACUUACUCUAGAUUCGUCUAUACUCAUAAAUGGCUCUGAUAUUUAGUGACUACCGACCGAAGUUUAGGUUUCGGUUUCGGCAUGAAAAACUGCCGAGCGUUUCGGCCGAGCAUUGCAGGUUCGGAUCGCGAAGAAAGACUAAAGACCGAAUUUAGUCUUUCUUAAUUAGAAUAGCCUUGGCCUAACACGCAAUUAGCCGGUUUUUUAUACCACCUACACAGAUUAUAGCUGUUUCAUUGCUCAUGUGUCUUAAAGAAAGACCCCGGCCUUUUAUUCAACGAUUUUAACACGUCUAUAAAAGUAUCGGUUUGGUUUGGGCCAAAAGUAAGUCAAAACCGAACCUUGGGUUUCGGCAGAAAAUCAGGUUUCGGUCCGACACUACAAUAAUUGUUGAAGGACUUUGUUUGAAGGAGGAAACCACAGACGGAGUAGGUAAGAAUAGAAGAUUACUUGAUGUACUUCGUUGAUCUAAUUCUGAUGCUCGUGCUGUAGAAAAGAAAUAGUUGGAUACCUACUCAGCAGUUUUUUUUAGGGAAUGCAUUAGCGUAAUAAAUGUUUACUACCUUUUAGUGUAAAAAUAUGAUGACGAUUAUAAAAAUUAUCAACAUUUAACGGUAAAAUAGGUAAGCUACCUAGUUACACCUUUAUAAACACCCCCAGAAGCAUUUGGCUGGAUGUCAUUUAGGUAAGGACCCACUUGCAUAGUAGUAGCCGUUUCAUAAAAGCUAAUAUUUCUAACAAAUGGAGCUUUAUUACUUGUGAGUGGUUUUAUGUGACGUGUAUGUUGAAAGGAAGAAAACAAAUAUAACAUUAUACGGUCUGAUAAUGUAUUAUUCAUCACACCAACUGGUAAAUCCCUCUUGAUUGUUCAAAAACUUCUAAAACUAUAUGAGAAAAUUGCAUUUUAUCCACAUGUGGGGCAAUCAGAUGCAAAUUUUGAGUUGUUUCCUUAUGUUAGCUGCUUUUGAAUGAUCAAUUUUGAUUACGUUAAUUUGGAUUUGAUUUGGUAUGAUUUUUUUACUAUUUCAUACUUUUUAUAGUUAGUAUUUUCCUCGCGUUGGCGUGGUGACACAAUUUUUUGUUUCACUCGGAGGCGGACGAGUAGGAAAGUAACAAACCCUCGUACCUUGAAACCCUCGGAACGGUCGAGAUUCCACUUCUCGAACCACUCGCUACCGUCGUGGUUUAAUUUUGGGAUCUUUCGCUUGGUCUGGUAUUAAUAUUAGCACCAGCGCUUAAACAACAACUUUUUCCCCUUGUAAAACAAAUAACUACCUAAGUAUAUAACAUACAACCUGUAUGUAUGCCUAAUAAGAACUCAAAGAGCCAUGGAGAGAAGCAUUCUAAAGAUAAGGAAGUAUUUGACGCUCUCACACAAGCUCUAUCCCUAAAAUGGCUAACGCUAUACUGACAAAAGGUGGACCAUGGAAUCAACAAAAUGGAGAGGACCACCAGCAGAGGAGCGGCGGUCUGGCUGGCCGCAGCAACGUCGGGCUGACAACCUAGCCCAGGCGUGAAACCAAUGGAUGGAAAUAGCUUUGAACAGAAGCAAAUGGAUUGAGUUGGAGGAGGCCUUCAUCCAAAGAGGGGUUCACCACUAAGCAAUAAAAAAAGUACCUAAACAUAGAAAUGUUAACCCAACUUAGUGUGAAUAAAUGGCUUAUUUAUUAUUAUUUAUUUUAUGUAUGCCUAAGUAAAAAACCGAAAUCAGGUAGGUACCUACCAAUUUUUUUGUAUAAUAUUCAAAACAUUAAAAUAUUUCUCACUUAA